GCUCCAUUGACUCCUUCAGUGAAGCCGCUCCACAGCCGUUCAUGAGAGUUUAAAUGCUGGAGAAUAUUCCCAUCUUCCCACAGCUGAAGAAGAAGCAAGCAGGAGGAAUUACUCCAGGAGAAACUACUGACAUACUGUUGGAAAGAUGGAGUUUGAGGAAGAACCCUGCAGAAUGAGAGAUGAAGAUACAGAGGAACAAACAGAUGGAAACGCUAUCAUUUCAAAGACUGAACAGAAUUUCACACAGAAACAAGCUGUAAAAACUGAAGUCAAAGGAUAUUUCACCUGCACCGAGUGUGGAAAGAGUUUCAGUAAGAAAGGAAACCUUGCUGUGCACAUGAAAUCUCACACUGGAGAAAAACCGUUCACAUGCACUCAGUGUGGACAGACUUUUGUACACAAAUCAAAACUCAAAAGACACAUGAGGAUUCACACUGGAGAGAGGCCUUAUACUUGCACUCAGUGUGGAAACAGUUUCAUUGAUACAGGACACCUAAAUGAUCACAUGAGAAUUCACACUGGAGAAAAAACAUUUGCAUGCACUCAGUGUGGAAAGAGUUUCAGUUUUUUACGACCAUGUGCUUUAAAAGGACAUGAAAGUAUUCAUACUGGUGUGAAACCAUAUAUGUGCCUUGACUGUGGAAAGACCUUUGCUACAUCGAGCAUCUUAAAAACACAUGAGACGAUUCAUACUGGAGAGAGACCUUACAAGUGCUCACUCUGUGGAAAGAGUUUCGCUCGCUCAACAUCCUUGAAAAAUCAUGAGCAAGUUCAUACUGGAGAAAAGCCGUACCAGUGCUCUUCGUGUGGGAAGAGUUUCACCAAAUCAUGUAAUCUACAGCGUCAUAAGAAAAAACAUUGCACAAAGGCAUCUAAGUGA